UUUCGUGUACAAUGCGAUGGAUGGACUCAAUUGCGUCGAUAUAACCAUAGAUCUAUGAGUCUGACAGACUCGUGGUUCGAUCGGUUCAAUUUACCAGGAUGAGUUCAGGCAAAUACAAAUUAGUCCGUAAGGGCCAAAUGAUCGAGCGGCACAUGUCCACGUCAUUCGUGUGUGUGGUCAGGAUUGCGCCAAGGUUCAAUUAAAGGAAGAACAAGGGGAGAAUUUUCUCCCGUCCUCUCGGGUCUGAAGGCUAUCAACAAGACAAAAGAUACAGAAGAGCACGAAGAGAGGACAUCUCUUCAUGGCGACUCCCGCAAACGGAAAUGACGCGAAAGUAGAAGAAGUGGCAAAGGCGGAGGAGAGGAAGUACUUCCAGAAAGUGCUGGACGACAUCGUGGGGCUCAACUCGUGGUUCACGGUGGCCAUGUUCGUGGGCCUCUCGCUAGCGAACCCCGGCCAGGUCCACAGCCUCGAGGAGGACCGCCCCGAGUGCGACCCCGACGCAAGGCUCCGCAAGCGGCUCAUCUUCUACGAGAUCGCGUCCUUCAGCUUCUUCAUCUUCUCGGGCUUCCUGGGGAAGACCGUGAAGAUCGUCCUCUACAUCUACGAGAAGAAGAGGUACGCGGACCCGCCCAGGCAGACGUUCAGCCUCGUGGCGUUCUACCUGGCGAUAUACGGGACCAUGACCGGGUGCCUGUUCUUGCUCCUGGCGAUGGUCGACGUAGUUCAGAUCAAGCUUGGGAAGGUCUCGUGCGGUAGCGAUUACGCGGUCCGCACGGUGGCUGUGCUGGUGGGAGCAGUCGGAGUGGCUCUAACGAUAUAUUUCUUCACGGUGUCGUAUGGCAUGCUGUUCACAGAGAGACCGAUACGCAAAGCUAGUCCUCCUCCAGACCCUUAAAAACAUGUUCAAAUAUUUUCUAAGCUUUAUCAGACUUAUUAUCACGGUGAAGUCUUGUCGUUGGAAGAUGUAAUCCUAUCGCUGCACAAAGUAAUUCUUAAUUUAUCUUAUGAAGAAGAUUGACGGUCGGCGCGUUUGUACAA